AUGCCAUUGGCUGCAUCUGGUGCAGCUAGAGCGAUGGCGCUUUCAGGUAGCCAGCUUCGUAUACGCAGUAUGCUGAGUCAUCCUCGAACUAUGGAUGCCAUCCCACUAUAUAGAGAAACUAGAUCUUACGGCAAAAGACCGGGACAAGGUCGUAUGAGCACAGCAUGCAAGCGAUGUCGCGCGACUUCGUUCGCGCCGACUGGUGACGACUUGAUAGAACGUAUAGAAUUAAAUGACUCAGUGCAGCGCGUGCCCGCGACUGAUGACCGAUAG